ACAGAAAGGAGCAUCUCUGGUGCCCAGGUGUUGAUUUUUGUACCUGCAGCAUAGAGUAGCGCUCCUGGAAUUAAAAUGAGCUGCUCGUCAUCUUCUUUAUUGCUCCUAUCGGGUUUUGACGUGAAUUUGACGCCAUAAUAUAUAUAAUAUAUAUAAGCAUCAAGUUGUAUGUUUGUAACUGGAGGCGGAACCUAAGGGUCGGCCACUGUUUCUGUUGUAAAUCACAGUGUGAGACUUCCGGCGGAAGUAAACAACAAGGCGCUAGCAUCGUUAGCUUCCAGGUUUUCUUCUGUUUAUCGUCGGUUUUUGCUGUGUGAGCUGAAUAUUUCAGAGUCUGCAGUAACAACAUCUUCGGUUCAUCAUCUGAGAGAAUUGAUCAGAGAGCGACUAACUGCUGCUGCUGGAGAAAUAUUCAGAAACAUCGUUCAUUAGGAGGAAGAGAUCGAUCAUCAGCUCAGACUGCUGGAUAUCAGCUGGAAAACCCAGAUCAGAUCAGAACCUACAGGUAUGUUACCUGUACGGUGGCCUGAAUGAACUAACACUGGAACACAGAGAAUAUGAUCAGGGGACUAGUUGAUGCCGCGGAGGAAGCAGGACGUGUCUGUGUUAUUUUCGCAGCUUCAUUGUUUGCUUUUUUUUUCGUCGUAUGCGGGUUUUAAUUUUGUAUUUAUAACACAUUAAAAUGUCUGGAAACAACAACCAGUAGACAAGUGAUCAUAAAGGCCUCCGCAAAGCCGAAUAAUGGCUGAUAAGGAAAUUCUACGUUUGGUUUCAGGCCUUGGGAGGUUCUUCCUGAUUCCUUCCUGGUGGGAGAGUAAAACUGUUUUUGACCAGAAGAUACUAAAAUGCCAAAGAAAUGAAAGUGGAAUCAGAACCACGGCAGAUAACUGAAAUGAAAAAGGAACCAGAACCCCAGCCAAUUAAAGAAGAACAGAUUGAACUGUGGAUCUUACAGGAUGAACGGCAGCUUUUAGUGCAGCAGGAAACCAACAGCUAUAAGGUGGCUCCUUCCUACCAGGAAAUAUUUCACAAUGUACCAGAACUGCAGCCUGCAAUGGUGAUGAAAGAAGAACCAGAACCUAUACACAUUUUAGAGGAACAGGAGGAACCUGAACAGAUUAAUGAAGAACACGGGGAACCAGAACUUGUAGAAAUAAAAGAGGAGCGAGAGGAACCAGAACCUGAACAGAUUAAACAACAUGGGGAACCAGAACUUGUACAGUUUAAAGAGGAGCAGGAGGAUCUCUGCAGUAAUCCAGAUGAAGAACAGCUUGUAGUGAAGCAGGAGACUCCUACCUAUGAGCAAAAAAACAACAGUGAACCAGAACCAAACAAGAACCAGAUCCACUCUCCAAACUGCUCUGAAGCUGAGAACCAACAUCAGCGAGGAAGCAACCAGAAAGAUCUGCAGCCAGAGAGGAGACAUGAGUACAACAGAAAUCACAAGGACAAUGUGGAAAAUUCAAAACUAAAAAGACAUAAAACAAAUAUAACUACUUGUGAAGUAUGUGGCAGAUGUUUUAGUGUGUACAGGUACCUGACAUCUCACAUGAGGACUCACGCAAGUGAGAAACGAUUUUUAUGUCUGACUUGUGGAAAAGGUUUCCCCAGGCAACCUGACCUAACUGUCCACAUGAGAACUCACACAGGUGAAAGGCCUUUCCAGUGUCUGGCUUGUGGGAAAGGUUUUAUCCAGAAAACUACUUUGAGGUAUCACAUUAGAACGCAUACAGGUGAAAAACCUUAUCCUUGUGAAUUGUGUGAUAAAUCUUUCAGACAGAGCAGUGAUUUGGCUUGUCACAUGAAAACUCAUACAGGUGAGAAACCGCAUCGUUGUCACAUGUGUAAUAAAUGUUUCAGAAAGCGUAGUGAUUUGGCCAGCCACAUAUUAUCUCACACAGGUGAGAUGCCUUUCUCCUGCCUGACUUGUGGAAAAGGUUUUAAACAACAAUAUAAGUUGACUAUGCACAUGAAAAUUCACACAGGAGAGAAACCAUACAGUUGUGAAUCAUGCGACAAGUCUUUCAGACAACGUAGUGAUUUGACCCGUCACCUAAAAACUCACACACGUGGGAAAAGGUCUUCCUGUAAAGUGUGUGGGAAAUCGUUUAGUGAAUUUAGUAGUAUGGCUAGACACAUGAAAACUCACACGGGGGAGAGGUCGUAUCUUUGUGACUUGUGUGAUAAAUCUUUCAUACAGAGAAGUGAUUUGGUUCGUCACAUGAGAACUCACACAGGUGAUAAAGGGAAUUUUGUGCAGAAUCAUUCACUGACAGAUGAUAAUCACAACACGUUUAUGUUUGAGGGAAAUAUUCAAAGCUCUUCCCAUAUCUUCAGUGACAGUUAAAUUCAACUAAUGGAGAAAUAAAUGAUAGAUAAAAACAGCACUCGGAAACAACCUGACCUGCAUGAUUGUUACUCAUAUCUUUAGUUUGAUUGAAGAUGGUAGAGGCCGACCUUCUAAAGUUACUCAGAGGGCAUCAAUGACUCAUCCAGGAGGUCACAGAAGAACCCAGAACAACAUCUAAAGCACUGUAGGCCACACUGCUUCAGUUAGGGUCAGAGGUCAUGAUUGAACAUUAAAUGGGAGAAAAUGGCCUCCAUGUGAAUGUUCCAAGGCCAUAAUCAUUACUGACCUAAAAGAACUCAAAGGCUCAUCUCACUUUUGAUAUCAAAAUAUGAUAGAUGAUGGAGUAGUCAAAAUCUUAUUUAUAUGGGAAGUAAAAGAAGCAACAUAAAUGUAUAAAAUAAAGUAUGAUUUUAGUUUUAUUUUAAUAUUUUUCUGAUUACAAUAAAACUCAUCGUGUCACUGGGGUAUCUGGUGUCACCCACAUGCAGAAUGACUCAACCCCUGAGGAGAGAACUCCAUUUCAGAACAAAGGUCCAAAGGUAUUGAAGUUUAUGAAGCCUCGUUUGGCCAUCAGUAGUUCGAAGCUAAAGGACCAAAUGUGGUCCAGAAACAUUGAAUUCUUCCUUCCUGUUUUUUCUCUUCCGAACUCUUCCUCCUGUUUGAAGGUCGGGUGUUAAAGCUCAUGUAUGAAGGAGUGUGCAGCUUUCAUACUACACGCUGAUCAUUAUAAUGAUGUGAACAUGCCUCCUUUAUUUCUAUUAGGAAGACUGUCACCACACACACUAUGUAAAGUACUUUUAAUCUUUACAACCAUUCAGGACGUCACAUAAUAUAAAUAAAAGAAAUACCCAAAACCCA